ACAACGACACGUUCUAUGGAACGUAAACAAAAUCCAAACCAGUCCGAGACGCAACUCGUUGUGCGGAGGUAGUUGGUUGUCUGUCCUGCGAGUGUGCGUGUUUUUCGACCCGUCUUCCCGACGCCAAAUAGUUUUGCUCACCACCGUGUUUAAAUUGUUAUAAUACGACAUUUUGUUUCGCCGACCAGUCGGGUUCAAAUGUUCGCGUGCUCCAAGUUGUUUGUUUCGCGUCCGUGUUAACAUAAUUGCUCAAGUGUGUUGACGUGUGCGGUUCGUGGUGUUUCGUUGUGUUUUUUUCGUCGAUCUCAAAGGCCCCGGAGCUACACGCACGAGGACAAACGAUAUUUUCGAAAACGAUGACAUUCAAAUUCACAUAUUCACGCUUAUAGACGUACUACAUUUAUGCAGUUUCAGAUGACUUCGUCAAAUAAACUGUAAAGAUGAGAAGCUGUUCAAAUUGCGGCAGUCUGGUUCCCGUUUGCAUUUUUGUUUUAUUGGUCAGUUUGACUGAAGCUUGGCAACAGAAUUUACCGGCCAAGAACAGUGUCAGAUAUGGAGCCUUCAAUCUCGAUCAAAUAUUUUACGGAAACAAUACUGCUAAGGACUACUUCAAAAUAUUACUUCAAGAUCAGACUACGGCACUAAUAGGAUCCAGAAAUGUACUGUACAAUAUCAGCUUGGACACUAUGAAAGAAAAUCACCGAUAUUAUUGGAAUUCUUCGGAAGCUAAUUACGAAAUGUGUCAGUUGAAGGGCAAAUCGGAGGACGAUUGCCAAAAUUACAUAAGAGUGGCGUUUAAAAAGAGUGACGAAGAGCUGUUCGUCUGCGGCACAAACGCUUUUCAUCCAAUGUGCAAAAUUUUCAAUUUGACCGACGGUACCAAAGGCGCAGAGGAAAUGGACGGACGGGGCAGAUGUCCGUACGAUCCGUUGCACAACAGUACGUCCAUCUAUGCCGGUGAUCAACUGUACUCGGGAACCGUCGCCGACUUUUCCGGCAGCGAUCCGCUUAUAUACAAAGAGCCGAUGCGUACUGAACGACUGGACUUUAAACAACUGAACGAUCCAAACUUUGUAAGUUCGUUAGAAUACAAGGAUUACAUUUUCUUCUUCUUCAGAGAAAUAGCUGUCGAGUACAUCAAUUGCGGAAAAGCUAUAUAUUCACGAGUGGCGAGAGUUUGCAAAUACGAUAAAGGUGGUCCACAUUCGUACAGGGACCGUUGGACUUCGUUCUUGAAAGCUCGACUUAAUUGUUCCAUUCCGGGCGAAUAUCCAUUUUAUUUCGACGAAAUUCAGGAUACCAGCGACGUCUUGAAUACCGCUCUUACCGGCAUUACUGAUCCCAUCGUGUAUGGAGUGUUUAACACGCCCGUAAACGCUAUCAGCGGUUCUGCCGUAUGCAUGUUCAAUAUUAGCGACGUAAUCGAAACUUUCAUGGGAUCUUUCAAAGACCAAGAGGCGAUGGAUUCCAACUGGUUGCCAGUGAAAAAGAUUCCCGAGCCACGUCCUGGUACAUGUGUGGAAGACAGUCGAACAUUGCCCGAUAUUACGGUUAAUUUUGUCAAGAGUCAUUCGUUGAUGGAUGACGCGGUUCCGUCAUUGUUCUUAAAACCGAUUUUCACUCGAAUAUCGCUGCAAUCCAGAUUAACCAGUAUCGUAGUGGACAAUCAGAUUGCGGGUGUAAAAGGACAAUAUUACGACAUAUUGUUUCUGGGCACCGAUGACGGAAGGCUAGUUAAAGGUGCAUUACACAUGAACAACGGAUCACCCGAGUUCAUCAACAUCGAAGAAGUGAAUCUCACCACGAAUAACACGAAAUCGUUUCCGGUCCGGACGUUAAACAUCAUCAAAUCCAUUGACGGAAAGCCUGGUAGAAUAGUGGCUACGUUCGAUCAACACAUAAUUUCCGUGCCGUUAGAUCGUUGCUACCUGAAGACAACUUGCCAAGAAUGUAUCGAUCUCCAAGAUCCAUAUUGUGCGUGGGACGGUAUUCAUUGUGUAAACCAUUUGGAGGUUAAGAGUUCGUCCAAACAGCAUUUCGUUCAGUCCAUUGGUUUGACCCAGAAUAGUAAUGCUUGCCCUAAAGUGAAUUUCGAUGAUAAGUUCACGUUUUCCGUACCUUCAGACGACAACAACAUUGAAUCCAAUAUGGCGAGAUGUCCAUCUUGUGCGCCCUGUUACACUGAAAAUAUAAUCAACAACGACGGCGUGCGGGAAAAGAUCUCCGAAUUGCCCGUGAUCUCUUUGGGCGACGUUAUCGGUCUGCUGAUGAUGAUGUGCGUGCUGGCCACGCUGCUCAUCGGGUUUGCGGCCGGUUUCGUGUGCUCGCGGUACUUUCGGCACGCGGCUGACCCGUUUUCGUCGAUGGCUGUUCACGCCCAUCACCAGCUUAACCGACUGGCCGAUAUGAACGGUGCGGCGGAGAUCGGCACUGCUCCUUUCUUGCCGUGUCCCAACAAUAAGGCGCCACUCAAUCUGCUGGUGAACGUGACUAAGUGCAAGAACGAUACACUCGAGAAGAACUUAGAUUCGUCCGUCGAGAACAAGACCCUGCAAAAGGUCAAGAAAACAUACAUAUAGGGAUGUCCGUGUGUCUGGACGGACGACCGACGGCCAGCCAAUAGGUUGUAUAUUAAAUUUUGUCGCCCGCUGCAAUCGCGGUUUCGGGCCGACGGAGAACCAUAGUGACUGAUUAUUAAACAACGUGUGUUAUAAGAGUAUGUAUGGGUGUGUAGUAAUAGACUGAUGAGGACGGUCGAGGCGGAAAAAAGAUCUCAAACAAUAAAAUCAAAAAAAACGAGCAGUCGAAUAUUAAGAAUAUAAUUGAUGUAUAAUAUAUGAUUUGAGGUGUAAACUAUAAUAUACAAUUAUUAUAUAAUAAACAUAUAUGGAGGCAGUUUUUACGUCUACUCUUCCGCCGAUUGAAAUCCAUCUUACAUUUUAUACACCGUUUUACAAAAUAUUAUGUUGUCAACAUUCGUAUCGAAAUAUGACACAUUCCUUAAUAUUGAUAUUAAUAUACCGAGCUUAAUAUUGGCAAUCAUUAUUAUAUUAUUAUUAUUAUUAUUAUUAUUAUUAUUAUUAUUAUAACGUUGAUACAUUGUACGAUGUACAUAACACAUUUACUUCGGACGUUACGUCGCGACUCGUUAUUGUCGUGCGUUGUUGUUAAAACUUAAAUAUAUAUAUUUAUGUACGUAUAAUAACUAUAAGCUGUAAUGUAGUUUUUAUUAUAAUUAUUAUUAUUACUCUGCGACUCGAACAAAUCUACCGGGAAAGGGGGGCUUUCUUAUUUGAUUAUAGACACUAUACAAAUUCCGUGGGUGUGUCUGUUGGUGCAUUUUAAACGAGAGGACCAAUUUUUUUUUUUUAUUGUACAUAAUAUAAAUUAUUAAUACAUAUUAAUACAGAUUACAAUGUGAUCAUACUCGUUCUAUAGUGCGAAUUAUUAACUUAUUGUUAGUUAAUUUAAUUAUUAUUUUUCGUGAACUGACAUGACGAAUAAUAAUUGGAAACGAUUUACUACUCUAUUGAUAGAGUGUACGUGAAAUAGUGUCAGCGAUAUAUUUUACUCACCCACUAGGACUCGCUACACAUGAAAUGUUAAUGAAAAUAGAAAUGUUAAUUCUCCGUACAGUAUUAUUAUUUUUAUUUUAAUCCAAAUUUCGUUUGCGACAACUAUAUUAUGUACACCACAGUGCAUUGAUUAAUGAUUUAUCUCGUGUGCAAUACACACCUGAUUGCACGACCAUUUUGAUCUCUAAACGUAAUUUUCUCUAAAACCUAA